CUGAAAGAUGUAAAGUGUUCAUUAGUGUGUCUGAUGAUGAAAGAGUUGGAUUAUCUAGGAUCUUUGUUGUACUUUUACCUGCUCCACCACAUGAUUCUGUUCCCUCCUGGGUGUAAAAAAGAAUCUGGGAGCUGGUGUUUACAUUCACACAGAGAGAGUCAGGAGAAGUUAUGUAAUGUUAAGUGUCCUCCUGGAGAGAGUGAGUGUAAGCUGAUUGACAACUUGAUGAAUACGCUCCUGCAGGCUUACGGAGACUUAAGAUGGAAGAAAUGUCUGUUUUCCCAAGAAUGUCUCUGAAGCCUGAAGUCACCAACUAUCUCAAAGGUGUCUUCUUGAACAACGAGGUGUUGGCUGCGGCCGGCCAUCAGGAAGCAGAGUGUCGUUUCCAGAAGCUGCUCUCAUGCCUGUCUCACCCUCCAUCGUACACUUGUGUGCGGGCCAGUACUCAUCUAGCUCCCCUGGAAGAGAUCAAACAUAAGUUAGAGGAGGAGCUCAAAAAGCAGGAGCAGAUGUGCGGCUCAUCGGCAGAGGAGGUCCAAGUUCAGAUUUUUCCUCAUCCUCGUAUUCCAGAUGUGCUGCUUCUUCCUGUCGAUGGGCCGAGACCCGUGAAGCAGCUCAGCUCAGAGCUGGUGGUUGGUGCUCAGUGCGGCAGUGCAGUGCUGAGAGGCGCUCAUGUUUUUGCUCCAGGAAUCCUCGCCAGCCCAAAGUACAUGAAGUCUGGAGACGUGGUGUCCGUCUACUCUGACUUGGAGGGAAAGUGCACCCGAGGAGCCACCAGCUUCCAGGGAAAGAAAGUGUUUGUGGGAAAUGGAGUUGCUCAGAUGGAUCGCACUAGCAUCUUCUGCUCGGAUAAACCUGCCAAAGGAAUAGGUAUUCAGAUGGUGGAGCCACUUUACCAGAGUCCUUCCUUUGAUGGCAUUUUACCCAGCCUGGCCUUUCUACAGAACCUGCCCUCUGUCGUGGUGGGACACGUGCUCGGGCCCCGUCCUGGUGAACGGAUCCUGGAUAUGUGUGCUGCACCUGGAGGGAAGACAUGCCACAUCGCAGCCCUCAUGGGGGAUCAGGGUGAAGUUGUGGCAUUGGACAGGAUCCGAAAUAAGAUCGAUAAAAUUCGUCAAAAUGCAAAACUGUUGCAUUUGAACUCCAUCAAAGCUUAUUCCUUCAACAGCACUCAAGCUGUGAGCAGUGACCCGGCUCAGGAAACUGAAGGACCUCCGUUCCCUCCUGAGAGCUUUGACAGGGUUCUGCUGGACGCUCCAUGUAGUGGACUUGGACAGAGACCCAUCAUGGCCAACACCUGGAGCCUGAAGGAGGUCUGCUCCUACCAGCCUCUGCAGCGCAAGUUAUUCCAUGCUGCAGUGCGGUUGUUGAAGAAAGGUGGCGUUCUCGUGUACAGCACCUGCACAGUGACUCUAGCUGAGAAUGAGGAGCAGGUAGCCUGGGCCCUCGGUACCUUCCCCUGCCUCAGUCUACAGCCUCAGGAGCCUCACAUCGGAGCAGAGGGCAUGCUGGGAGCCGGCCUAUCACCUGAGCAGCUGUGCCUCCUCCAGAGGUUUAGUCCCGAGCUGAGCUGGGAUCAGACGAAAACGGAUGCUCCCCUCCACUGCAGAGCAGACGGAGACACCAUCGGCUUUUUCAUCGCCAAGUUCCUGAAAAACUGAACCUGAGGACAUGUUUUGUCUUUGCGGCAGCGUCAGGCCUCACACGGGACUGCAGACGGGAACAGUAGUGUUUAUAUUAUGCCACUGUGUGUGCUUUGACGGGGCAGUGUUGACAAAGACACUCACUGUUUACAGCAUCUGCCUCUUAACAGCUGCUCUCUGAAACUGCGGGCCAUAUAGGGAUAAGCUUUAUAAACACCCAGGGCAGGAUAGAAGGGGGAGAGAGAGAGAGAGGGAGGGAGGGAGG